AUGGAAAAAAGUUGGGGCUCCCGCAACUUUCUUCGUCACACCUCUCAUGGACUCACAACCUCGUUACACCACGCUGAAUUCCUCCAGGGAAUCCUCCCAUUGAAGACCUUACCAGCCAAAUUGGCUUCUUUCGGCGUCCGCGAAACGCUGCUUAUCGCGGCCUCUCGCGCAACUCCAGUGCGCGCGUUUUGUCGACCUGGAGCCUCGACGUUGAAUUUCUUGGGUAACGCCUAUCACGUCGGUCUCAAGCGCAGAGGCUUUGCUCCUGUGUCCCAUUCUUUUCACUACCGACUAUCGCACAAUAAGUCAGCCGCAGAGUCGAGCGUUUCUCCCCUAGUACAUAAACAGUUGCAGGUCGACUCGGACGCGUACAUCCUCCCCGCUCCGAACCACCUCUUCAAAUAUCGCAAAAAGUCCCAGGACUACCUCAUUUACGAUCCAUCCUCUCUCAAGGCCCCCGGACACGAAAUUCUCCCCUCCGACUUCCUAAUAACGCGACCCAUGAAGUUUUUCUGUCAGGUCAUCACGACCCCGACGGCCGACACGCCCGGUACGGUCAUCGAGCUCAACUUCCCCGACAAACGAUACUUCUUCGGUCAGCUAUCAGAGGGAACCCAGCGGGCAUGUAACGACCGCGCCAAGAAGAUCGGCUACCUGACCGAUGUCUUCCUCACGGGCCGAACCGAAUGGAGAACAACUGGCGGCAUGAUUGGGAUGAUCUUGACCUUGGCGGACGUGACUGCGAACGCGGCUGCAGCGAGUGAGGAGCAUGCGCGGACCAAGGCCGAAAAAGCUGCCAUCCGGGCAAAGGAAGAGGCAGCCAGGAAAAAAGCCAAGGGUAAGGGCAAAUCGUCCGCAGCGGAGGAGCCCGAGCCCCCGGUCGAACUCAGUGGAUCUCAUUCCAUUGACGGUGGGAAUGAUGUCGUGCAAAGAGGUUUGACUGUUCACGGACCUACGAAUGUAAUGCACACCUUCGCUACUGCUCGCCGGUUUGUCUUCCGGACAGGCAUGCCGAUGUUCAUCAGGGAGUAUGAUUCUGAGACUAUAUCUGAACAAAUACCUGCUGGUGUGGAGGAUCCCUUCGAGAAGCCUACAUGGUCCGAUCACAACAUCAAAGUCUGGGCGAUGCCGAUCAAGCCUCGCUCGAAGUCUGGUACUCGUUCCCAGCCGCGACCGCAAAGUCCUCGCAAGCGGAGCUUGGAGGAAUUCCAGGAGACCGCCCAGUCAGACGAGCCGCUUGAUCCGCGGAAGCAGAAGCAAAUGAUGCUUCAGGGUGUCGUUACGGACAUGUUCAACUCCAAGUGGAAGAUGGAUGCCCUUAUGGAGACUCCAUUAGCUCAAGUCAAGAUGCCUGCGGCCAUAUUUGUUCGCAACCCGGAAACGAAAGAUUUGGAACCGUAUAAAGGUCCCACGCCGGGUGAUGGGAAGCCACUGCCGGAUAUCACGGUGCUGGUCCGACAGCCUUGGCCUGGCGCGAUGAUUACUAGCCUCCCGUCCACGACUCCCUCUGAUGAGGCCCUCUCCUAUGUUGUCCGGAGUAAUGACAUCCGGGGCAAGUUCGAUCCAAAAAAGGCUUUGGACCUGAAAGUCCCCAAGGGCGAGGCUUUCGGGCGCCUGACGAAGGGAGAAACCGUCCAGUCCACGGAUGGUCACACCAUCACCCCGGACAUGGUCAUGGGGCCGGCACGACUCGGCAAGGGCAUCGCUAUUAUGGACAUACCUUCACCGGAGUAUGUGGAGGGGCUGAUCAGUCGCCCUGAAUGGAACUCGCAUGCUGUCACCACCGAAUUGCAGGCUUUCCUUUGGAUCCUGGGCCCGGGGGUUGGCGAGCACCCAAGGCUUCGGGAAUUUGUUGCAAGCAUGCCCCACUGCAAGCACAUGGUGUCAAGCACAGAUUACUGCCCGAACUACCUGGCGCUCGGCGGUGCGGCUUCGUCAUCCAUCCGGCUGGCUCGCCUGAGAGGCGACAACUACUCGAUUCCCGUUCAUGACAAUGUGACGCUUCCGCAGCCCGGUACCCCGACUGCUGGCUCUGAAACUGCUAUCGCUGGGAUUCGUGACUCGCCAUUCGAGGCCCUAGCGCAAGGGACCAUCAUUAACAUUGCUCCGGAUUUCGGGGUCGACAAGACCGAAGUCAAGGAAUAUUUCAAUGCGGCGAAGACGAUACAAAGAAUCCCGCGGUCUGUUGAGCAACGCAUGGAGACCAUUCGUCGGCGGGUCGCAAAGCCGGCUUUCCAGAAGCAAUUGCAAGAAUUUCGCCAAAAUCUUCCUGGAUCGGAAGCGGAAAUCAUUACCCUUGGCACUGGUUCGUCAGUUCCAUCCAAGUAUCGCAAUGUGUCUUCGACAUUGGUCCACGUCCCGGGCUAUGGAUACUAUCUUCUUGACUGCGGCGAGAACACCAUUGGCCAACUGAAGCGUGUCUUUGAACCGGAAAAGCUGCGUGAAGUGCUCCGGAAUCUACGGAUGAUCUGGAUCAGCCAUCUGCAUGCCGAUCACCAUCUCGGUACGGUGUCCGUCAUUAAGGCCUGGUAUGAGGAGAAUUACCCAGAGGGAACAGACCAGACCGCCCUGCCUGAAAAUGAUAUGCAGAAGAUCCUCCAAGAGAAGCGGCUGUUCGUCGUGUCUGAAGAGAUGAUGGUCUCUUGGCUUGAAGAGUACGCCGGUAUUGAGAAGUACGGGUUCGACAAGGUCGUGCCCUUGGCCGCAUAUUCGAAAACAGAGGGCUCUCAUAUCUCGACUCAAUUUACUUACCGCCAUUGCCGCGCUGACGGCACCUCUGCCGACGGGGACAAGUCGGCCAAAGUGACGACCAUGCGAUUCACCGACCCCAACCAUCCUCUCACGGCGCCCUUACAGGCUGCCACCGGUCUCUCCGACCUUCUCACCACCCGAGUCAAGCACUGCAAGGGUGCCAUGGCUGUUUCUAUGGUAUUCCCGAAUGGAUUUAAAGUCUCCUACUCUGGUGACUGCCGACCUUCCGCGAAAUUUGCGGAGAUUGGUCGCGGCUCGACCGUCCUCAUUCACGAAGCGACUUUUCAGGAUGAUAUGGGUGGGCAGGCCCGCGCCAAGCGUCACUCAACUUCUGCGGAGGCCUUGGAGGUUGGCCGUCGGAUGCAAGCUCGGUCUAUCUUGCUCACGCACUUCAGUCAGCGGUACCAAAAGAUUGCCACGUUUGACCAGCGUGCUGGAGCGACUCAAGAUAAAGCUAGACAAGCCCCUGUCGCCGUUUCCAGAGAACCUGCAGAUGCAGACAUUCCCUUUGACGAUCCCGAGGACAACGCCGCUGCUGCUGCGUCCUCGUUGACGGAUGACAUCAACAUCUCAGCCCAAUCACGGCGGCGCGGUUCCGACUCUGGCGAUGCGUUCGUACCGGGCGUCAAUGUCCCUGUCACAGUGGCGUUCGACUACAUGCGCGUCAAGGUUGGAGAUCUCGCUCAAGCGCAGGCCUAUGCGCCGGCGGUGGAGAAGCUCUUUGAAAUCAUCGAUAGAGUCUCUGCUGCCGAGACCGAGCGCAACAAGCGGGACCGUCAGGAGCAAGAUGAUGCCAAGAAGGCUGCGAAGAACAAGAAAUGGACUAAGGGCAAGAAGGCUGCUGCUGCUGCCACCGUCGGCGCCGCCGUGGCCGCUGCGGAUGUGGCCCAGACGGAACAGGCCACGGAAGCAGGCGAGAAGAAUUGGUGGAGUGCCAGCGAGAGCGAGAGUGGAUGGGAGACGAGCGACGCGGAGGAGUGA